AUGUCGCUGGUCGCUCAUAUCCAGCAGCUUUUCGAGUACCUCGUCGAGCCGUGGCUCAUCAUCGCCUCGUCAAUCUCCCACAUACCCAGUACCAUCUCCGGUCUCGUAUCCUCGGGCGACUAUGGCAAACUCUUGUCGCCGUCGGCCUUUGGCAGGGAGCUCUUUGGCAACCUCUGGGUGACGCUGGGUCCGGAAACAAAGGCGAACGCGGAGCCAGUCAUCGUUCCACUCCUCGAGGGCAAAGUCUCGGGCGCAAAAGUCCAUGACCACGUCGUAUCCACGCCUGUCCACGGGACGGUUCUCGAGGUCGGGGCUGGCAGCGGCAUGUGGGCGGACGUGCUGGCCCGCGUUCGCGAAAACGCUUCUUUUGGGACGGGCGAAAUGGGAGGACUGAGAAGCAGAAGGGCUGAGAGCGGAACAGGAGCAGGUCGAGGCGGCAUCACCAAGAUCUAUGGCAUUGAGCCGAACCCCAUUUCGGCGGCGGCUCUGCGCAAGCGCGUGAGGGAGGUCGGCUUGGGAGACGUGUACGAGGUGGUGCCCGUGGGCGUUGAGGACGUCACGAGCUCCACGGCGUGGGAGGGCACGAUUGAGCCGGGGAGCGUCGAUUGCAUCGUGGGGAUUCGGUGCAUGUGCAGCAUUCCGGACCCAAGGGAGAAUAUUGAGCGCUUGUACAAGCUGUUGAAGCCCGGCGGCACGUGGUAUGUUUUUGAGCACGUCAAGACGACCCGGGGCUUUCCCAUCAUGCCUCUCUAUCAGCGCUUUGUCAACUGUGUUUGGAUGUUCUUCAUGGGGCCGUGCCGGAUUUGUAGACCUACCGACCAGACGCUGCGCGACGUCGGCACAUGGAGCAAGUUUGACCUGGCAACUUCACCAGAUGAACCUCCUUACGCCGUUAUGCCUCAUGUCAUUGGAGUCUUGACCAAAUAA